AAGGCAGAUCUAGGAUAUAAAACCUGUAACUAUUUUCAUCCUCGAAAAACACCACCAAAUUCUAUCAUUAUGGGGUAUAGCUCCUUUAUAUCAAGCUUCAGAAGAUCAACAAAAGAAGAUAAGAAUUUAAAUGCUUCAAGUUACAGAAUACCAGUCCAUUUAGAUAAACCAAAGUUGUCGGAAUAAACAACAGAAGCUGUCCACGGUUCGUGAUUCUAUGACGUUGGAGGUCUCUCCGCAUUGUCGAGAUCAACCUCAACGACAAUGAUGUAAUCGACCUCCGACUGCACUGAACCACUUGAAAAGAUUUACGAGCGAGAUGACUUCUUCAAAAACAUCAAAAUACUGCAGAAAAAGCCAUGGCAGACAUCCCACCAAUUCACUUCUUCGACAUUGCGUCCACAUUACCAGGCCCAUCGCAAUCAUGGUCCUUCAACACCCUCAAAACCCGCCUGGUUCUCAACUACAAACGCAUUCCCUACACCCAAAGCUUCAUCGCAUACCCGGACAUCGCCCCCGUCCUCGUGAACCUCUCCGUCCCACCCCACCCAGAAGGAACUCCCUACACCCUCCCAGCCAUCCACAUCCCAUCAACCCCGAAAUCAGCGACAAUCAUGGACUCGCUCCCGAUCGCCUCAUACAUAGACCAGGUUUACCCAUCCCCGCCUCUUUUCCCGUCCGUGGACGCCAGUUUCGCGCUUACUCUGGCCGUGGGCAAGAUCGUGGGUAAAGUUGCUUCGAAGGGAUUCGUCCUCAUCGAGCCUCGGGUGGUGGAUAUUCUAGACCCGCGGGGGAGGGAGUAUUUCAUCAAGACUCGGUCUGCGUUAUUCGGGCAGCCGCUUUCCGAGGUGCGGCCUAGGGAUGCGGCAAGUGUGCGGGCGAUCACUGACGCGGCGAAGAGGGAGAUGGAUAUAUUGGCUCAGAUGUUGAGGGGGAGGUUAGGGAAGAAGGGGCCGUUUUUUGAAGGGGAGAAGCCCGGUUACGCGGACUUUAUUGUCGUGGCGUUCUUGGUUUGGUGUGAGAGGGUGGACAAAGAGUUUCAUUUGGCGUUGAUGAGUGUUGGGAGUGGUGAGUUCAAGGCGUUGUACGAUGCUUGCUUGCCGUGGGUGGAAGGUCAAGGAGAGGAGAAAAAGUGGGAAGUUCCCCGAUAUUCCAAUAAAUCCAUUCAGCGCCUUGUAUUAUAAAACAGUUUGAACAUGGUUGACAUAAUAAUACAUCUUGAUGUCCUUCAAAGGACCUCUUUCUACCGGCCAGUCUCAACUCAAUUGUACAUCGGAUGCCGCAAAACACCAUGCAAAUGGAACCAAAUUGCCCAAACGAUUGAACCCAAAUGCAAAUGCUAAAUUUACAGUCCACGCAAGAAGUUGGCCUCUCUGAUGGCCUUCCGCCUGGAUUCUC